UUUCUGAUGGAGGAAACGUGAAUUUAUUGUGAAGUUAGUGUUAUUUUAGUGAAUUUUCGUGUAUUUUUUGAUUAAGCAUUGUAAUGUUGACCAAUAUUGACCAAUUGAAACCUCGAUUCAUUGCCAUUACCCUCCGGAGUUGAAGUGUUUCUUGCAUCAAAAUCACCAAUCUUUCACAACAGGUGGAAGAUCUCUGUUCGAGUUUAGAUGGAAUACAAAAUUUUACAGAUGGCUGAAUUGAACUUAUGGUGCUGUUCCGGAUGUGCUAGGGUUGGAGGAAAGAGGAUCAUUGGAAAUUUUGAAAUUUCUUACCAUAAGGCUCGGGAGAAAAUUUCCGCCGCUAAAUUGAUUACUGCGGAAAUGAAACGUUAAUUAAUUGUCAUUUUACAAAGUUCGUGUCAAUUUAGUGUUCAAAUUUAUUGCGCGUUUUGUAUCCAAAUGAAAUUAACGUUCGCUUAACAUGCUACCUUAUUCAUUGCUGUUAUUGUUGUUACAUUCAGUUACCAGUAUGACUCCAAGUCAGAAUCAAACCAUAAGUGCUCAAAGCUUGGAUGCGGAAUAUAACGCGUCGAAGGCUAAUUUCAGAUUGAACAGCGCGAAAAAGAUAUUAAAAGACUUUUUACACGAUACACCGAUACCGAAAUCGGGACCAUAUUUCGAUAUGGCCUCGUAUUCGGAUAACGUAACCGGUUUAGUUGGACAUACGACCUAUCUACAUUGCAGAGUACGAAACUUAGGCAACGAAACGGUAUCGUGGGUCAGACAUCGUGAUAUUCAUUUGCUGACCGUUGGAAGAUAUACUUAUACCAGCGAUCAGAGAUUCGAAGCUAUACAUAUGCCUCAUUCAGACGAAUGGAGCUUAAGGAUAAAAUAUCCGCAGAAGAAAGAUUCCGGAAUAUAUGAAUGCCAAAUCAGUACCACUCCGCCCAUUGGAUAUCCUAUUUACUUGUCGAUAGAAGAAGCGGUAACGGAAAUUUUAAGAGGACCAGAUUUAUUCAUCGACGUGGGUAGCACGAUAAAUUUAACGUGUUUAAUUGAAUACACGCCAGAACCUCCGCCGACGAUAACGUGGAGACAUGGCCAAGAGGAGAUAAAUUUCGACUCGCCGAGAGGUGGUAUUAGCUUAGUAACGGUGAAAGGAGCCACAACCACUAGCAGAUUAUUGAUACAGAAUGCUAAACCCGAGGAUUCGGGAGAGUACUCGUGUAUACCUUCGAAUUCAAAGUCGUCGACCGUUCGUGUACAUAUACUAAAUGGUGAGCAUCCGGCAGCAAUGCAUCAUGGACAAGGAAGCAUGCCAAUGUGUUCGCCAGUCGUGAGCGCUUUCAUCGUGUCCAUUACGUUAUUACUUACCCUGGCAAAUGGGGGUUAAAACAAGGACAAAAUUACCAAUUUUUUUCUUUUUUAUUACCUAUUUUUCUUAUCGAAUUGUGUCUGAAGACGAAGAGGUACCUUACCUACAUUUUAAAUAAAUGUGUUUUGUAAUGUGUUCUAAAAAUAACGAGUUGAUCGCAGCAUCGAGGAUGAGGAUUUUUUCUGUGAGAGGUUUUGUCGUUUAAAACGAAUGGUUUGUUUUUUGUUUUUUCUUAGUGUAUUUAUAUCUUGUAAUUUACCCCUCCCCUUUUUCCGCGGAGUUUCCUACCCAUCCCAAUUGUUCGUUCAUUUUUCAUUAAUUGUUUUUCUAAAUCGAGGAAAUUUUUUCGAGAUUUUUUUUUCGUUUUUUUUUUUUAAUUUAGCGUCCGAGUGUAUAAAAAAAUACUCACUUUGAAGGGAAAAGUUGCACGUAAUUAAGAAUAUACUAUAACUUGGUGGCAACUUUCGAUGGUAUUUUUUUAAAACUUACGCCUUGUCGCCCUUUCGGUCUUGGGUUUGUGUAUAUUUGUUGAAUUGUAAUUUUCGCGCUUUAAUUCGAAUUACGCGCCAUUAAGUUUACAUUGUCGACUUCUUAAACGUUGUACACAUUUGUUGAAGUGUUUUUUUUUCUGUUUCGUUAUUUUCUUCGUUUGUGUAAUUUUAUUUUUGGUUUUUUUUUUUCGUCGAUGUUACACGAUUGUUUUUCAUUAUCAUCGAAGUAUUGAAUCUUUGACAAUUUGUGUUUUUUUUUUCUUUAUUGGCUGGAAAAAAGACCUAUGUGAGUCUGACGAGAGACGAGAAAAUAUUGGAAAACGAUUGUAAUUAGAGGUUGUACGUAUUCUGGUGAGACAUUCUGAACACUAUCUUGGGUUUAAAUCAAACCUCAAUGGAGUAAUUACACUGUGACGAACAUUAUAAUACGAUUUACAUAGACAUACGUCGUCGUCGUCGUAACACAAUAUCGAAUGCGUUAAAUACUCGAAAUCCCUGUUCAGUGUUCACUAUUCCCUGCACCGUGCCAGUGGCUCGGAUAGUGAGGGUAAAUAAGGUACCUAGCCAGCAUUUGAUGCGUUAUUAUUCGACAUAAAUACACGGUUUUAUCACGUUUCUGCGCUCGAACAAGUCCUAAAUUUAAUCCAAUUGUUAUGUAGUAGGAUAGGAUAGGCAGGUACAUAUUAUACGAGCGGGUUCGUUCGCAAAUUUCCAGGCUUUUCAAUUUGAAUCACGCUGAGUGUGAUGUUUUUAUCAUUCCAACGAUUUCGAAUUCAUCAGUUCGAGUGGUUAUAGUUGGGAUUUUGGCGAGAUAUGGCGUUUUGUCUGUGGCCUGUACAGUAUAUGGGUUGUUGUGUGUACUGCCUUGCCUUACGUUUAUAUGUACGUACACAAAUUAUGUUUCAGAUGGUGUAAAUGAUAGCGAACAUCGAAUAAAUCCAUUGUCGAGUUGUUAAAGACGAGUUGUGGCGGAGUUCUUGGUGGUUGGAUGGGUUUAGUUUGGUUUAAGGAGGGGGAGGGAGGGGGUAAAGAUGGAGGAUGAUGAUUUGCGGUGGUUUUGUUUCGUUGUUGGAUUUCUGUUUUGAAAGUGGGGAGUUUUGAUCUUGAUUUUGAGUAAAAUAGCGGUUGUGAUGUCUGGAAAAGUUUGAAUUUGAUUCGUAAAAAAUGGCGAAUUCAAAUCCCCCCAACUCCUCCCCUUGGAAUUCAUUAACACGCAUGUUGCAUGACUUCAAAUGUAGGUAAAAAUACGAGAAAAUAAAAAACAUGAAAAAUGAAAAAUUUUUAUUUUGAAUUAUUUUUUUGAAGAAUUGAAAGACAGAUGAUUUUGAACAGUGCUGUUUUUUUUUUUGAAAAACACCUUAAUACGUCAUUUUUUUCAAUGUUUACGUUUUCAAAAAAUACUUUUGAAAAAUAUCAUAUUUUUUGCUACAAUUUGAGAUGUUUGAAAGUUAUUUUUUCAGAAUAAAUGAUUUUUUAAACUUUUUUAAAAUGUUGGGGAAGAUGAAAAUUACUCUCAGCAGUUCAAAAAUUUUUGAACUGAAAAAAGAAAAUUGAAAGAGGGCAAAGUAGAUCAUCAAAUGAAUUUUAGUCGCUAAAAUUUGUUUUACAAUUUUUGGAGAAUUUGUAAAAAUUUAAAAUUUAUAGCUUAUUUCUAAAUGAAAAAAAAUCAAAAAUUGAUCAAAUUCACGUAAAAAGCUGAACUGUUUGUAACUCAUUUUUGGACCUCUCGAGUCAAUUGAUGAGGGUUUUGAACCAUUCUGGAGCCUCCAGUGCCCUCCUGGAUUCUUCAGUUUUAAAAAAAUGCUGUAAAAAUAGUGAAAAUGAAAUUCACCGAGUAUGAAUGGCUUUUUUCGUUAAUGAGUUUGCAAAAAUGUUUUGUUUUUUAAAUGGGCACAAAAAGAUUUUGAGAAGUGUGCCAAAAUCAGUCGAAACAAUAUUACAAUAAUGGAAAAUCUUAAUUCAUAAAUAGAUCAUGAAUUUCAUUUUCACCCCCAUUUACAGCGUUUUUUUUUUUUUCGAAAACUGGAGAAUCAAAAAAUCUGCUGGAGGCUCCCAAAUGGUUGGAAACCAUCAACAAAGGACUCGUGAAGUUGAAAAUAGCAUACAAAGCAAAUUUCAGCUUUUUAUGCUUAUUUGAUCAAAUUUUGAUUUUCUUUUCAUGAGAAGGUAGUCGAAUUAAAACUUUUCAAAAUUCUCCAAGAAAUCAAAAAUUAAAUUCAGCCCUUGAAAUUUUUUGCUAGUGGCAUAUUUAGGGAGAUUUUUUCAAUUCUCCUGUAUUCGGUUCAAAAAAUGUUGGCCAGAUUGUGAUCCUUUCCUUGUCAGUUUUUUUUUUGGGGGGGGGGGGGUGAGAUCAGCCGUAUCACACCCACUUGAUGAAAAUUCGUCAGGAAAAUGUUGAAAAUGUUGAAAAUUAUUGAUAUUUAACAUUCUGAAUAUUUGGGAAGUUAUGAGGAAGUGGUGCACCUGAGAAACCAUCAUUUGAACACUGUUGCCAAGUUUCAAGAAUUGGAGGGGGCCGAGAUGUUCCUUGCAGAGAGAAAGUUGAAAUUAAUUUUUCCGGAUGGGAAUAGACAACAAAUCUAAAAUUUGUCAUUGUCAGUUGGGGGGGGGGGUGUGAGAUCAACCGCAUCACCUCCCCCCCCCUCCAUUAAAAAAGGAGUAACUGAAGGGGCAUUGAAAAGUGAAAUCUGUGAAAUUUUUAAUUGAUAUAUUCGGUGGUCUAAAAUUGAUGAAAAUCAAAAAAUGUUGACCAGAUUGUGAUCCUUUCCUUGUCAGUUGGGGGGGGGGGGGUGAGAUCAACCGUAUCACACCCACUUGGUAAAAAUUCGUCAGGAAAAUGUUGAAAUUUUGAAAAUUAUUGAUAUUCAACAUUCUGAUUAAGUAUUUGGGAAGUUAUGAAGAAGUGGUGCACCUGAGAAACCUCCAUUUGAACACUGUUGUCAAGUUUCAAGAAUUGGAGGGGGCCGAGAUGUUCCCUGCAGAGAGGAAGUUGAAACUAAUUUUUCCGAAUGGGAAUAGACGACAAAUCUAAAAUUAAGGCAAUCCCCCUCCCCCUUCCAUUAAAGAAGGAGUGACUGAAGGGACAUUAAAAAGUGAAAUCUGUGAAAUUUGUAAUUGAGAUAUUCGGUGGUCAAAAAUUGAUGAAAAUUGACAUGUCACACCAAAUUUUCAAAAUUUUCUGAUCUCAUUUUCAAAAUUGAAUGCUAUGUUAUUGGGGCAUGAGCUACUGUUUCCCAAAAAAUGAGUGGAUUUUCGAACUUGCAUUGGUAGGUAGGGGGAGCUCAAAGAGUUUGAGUCGAAAAAAUGAAUAAAUAUUUAGCAACGAUUAACUGGUUUAGUGAGCAUGUCACACCACAUUUUUCAAACUUUCUGAACUUUUUCUCAAAAGUAGUGAUCAGAGAGACUCUGAAAGCCCCUAUUUGAAAAACGAGUGCAUUUUUGUACUUAGCUCCCCCCCCCAAAAAAAAAAAUUGACAAACGACUAGUUACACUUCGUUUUCAGUUUUUUGAUGCUUUGUGUUCAAAGGCACCAAUUGGAGGGAGGGGGGGUGUUGAGUGUGUAAAUUUACAUGUCAAGUUACCUCAUUUUCAAAAAAAAAAAAAAAAUCAAAAUGGGGGCUUGGAGGGUUCUUGAGAGUUUGUACGUAUUAUUUGAAGAAUUAAUUGAUGAAUUGAUUUUGUGCCUCUUGAAACUUGACAAGCGGUGUGUCACACGUCAUUUUCAUUUUUUUAGCUUCAGUAUUUGAAGGCAAGGGGAAGGGGUUAAUUGAUGAGUUCUUCAGAUUUGUGUUCCUCGGAGGGUUCAGGUUCCAUUUUAAAAAUUGGAUUUUUAAAAAUGAAGUGAAAAAAGAGUCUUCGUUGUAAUUUUUUUCCUGAUUGUCAGCUUUAAAAUUGUAUGUUCAUUAUGAAAAAUUGAUCUCAAUUUCCUCCCUUCUUUGAAAAAAUUGAUCAAAAUUGGAGGUCCCUGAUCGACUUUUGGUUCUAGUUGGUUUGAAAUAGAUACACUCAUUUCCCAGACACCCUGUAUACUGCUGAAGUGGGUAAACUUUUUUCAAAAUUUGAUGCAGGUUUCUCUCCACCUCGUCAGGUCAAAGUUUCAAAGCUUCAACUUUUUUCGAGUUUUGAAGAACAAUAAUAAUUUUCUGAAAUGAAUUUUUACGAUUUUCUUAUUCGAUUUUUUUUUUUAUGAAUUGAGGAUGAAAAUGAAAAAUCCUAAAUAAUGAUAAUCAGACUCAUUUUAUGGACCAUUUCGCUUAGUUCUUUUGAACAGGAAUUGCGUGAAUUUUAUUUACCUUGCUGAAAAUUAAAAGUUAUAUUGUUCGGAAAAUUUAUGGCCGACAGUGGUUCACUUUAAUCUCUGUAGAUCUCAAAAUAGACGAGCGUAUUUACACGGGCAAAGAGUCAGAUGGUCAAGAAUUGAAUUGAAAUGUAAAGUAAAGAAUCCCGUAAUAAUUUCAAACAUUUUUCUACUUAAAUUUUUGAUUUGAAAUCUUUAAUGGACUCAAUUCACACCAGGUUUUUUCCAUAAAACCCCUUCUAAAACAAUUCCUGCAAUACGACACGUACCCCAUAUCUAAUUACACGCACCCUUGUAAAAGACUCCUUAACCUUUUUUUUUCUCGUCGAAAAAAAAAACACUAAAUCAUUCGGUCAUUGUAGCCACAUUUAGUGGAUAAGUACGACUAUAAGCCAAAGUGUACGUAUAUAAGGAUGUGAACCAGGGAUGGAAAAAAAAGGAGAGAAAAAAGGCACACAGAUAGAGAAGAACAUAAUAUAUAAUUCACUCCAGUUAGAAAGGUACAUAGACAUACUUUAACUCACAUUUACACGCGUACACAAUCACACACGACGAUGAGAAAGUACAGCAGGAAAAAAUCUAACGUACAUUCUUCGCUGGAAAUAGGCAUUUGUCUCUUAAAAAUGUCAAAACGUUUCGGAAAUUCGUAUUUGGAUUACGGUCUCGGCAAUUCGAGUGAAAGAUUACAAGCUUAUAGUGGCAGAACGAUGAGAAGAGAAAGACGAAGUAGAAGCAGAAGAAGAAGAAAAAAGUGGAAAUAUUCCGCAUGUAUAAGGCUGUGAACGACGACGAAAAAGUAGCACGAGUCAAUCGCUUUUACCUAAAUUUAACGUUAGAAAAAGAGCGCUGAAAAAAAUAAAGAACAAGGGUAUAAAGAAGGAAAUAAAUUUACGAAUAAAGGAAAAGCAAAUUUUCACUUCAAUUAAUUUUCAAAGGCGAAUUACCGCAAGUAGCGAGAUGGCGGCGACGCGACAGUAACUUUUUAUCAGUGAUUUGCGCUGGUGUGGUUGUAUUUUCCCAUGUUUUAUUUUUUUUGGUUCUGUUUCUUUUCUGUAAAGAAAAAUGUAUACGAGAGUGUGAUGUAAGUAUUGAGCAGGUCGGGGAUUUUUUUUGACUGAUUUAAGCUCUUUUUUGAGGAUUCAAUACUUCGUUUGUGUAGUUUUAUACCUACAAAAUGCUACCUAUGUAUUUUUUAAGCAUAAUGGAGUAUCCGGUUUUAAUGGUAAUUUUUAAAUCGCAUAUCAUAUACGUUAUUUAUUUUUACCUUUCUGUAUACCAGUUCCCUUUGUAUAUAUUUUACAUAAUAUUUUAACCCGUUGUCGCUGUUGUGAAGUUUAUUCUUAAUAAAAACCAAAUAUAUGUGUA